AUGGUUUCCUGUCCGUCUGACUGGCAGUGUCAGGACGAGGGUAGUCAUUUCAUCUGUCUCGGGAGCAGCAGGGAGUACGAACCCUACCCGUGCAGCGGCGCCCCCUGUCCAGACGGCAUGAACUGCCAAGAAUACCUGACAACGGUUGACACUUGGAGUUUCUUUAAGGUCCAGGCUUCCGGUCAGAUGACCAAUGCCAACGUCAAGGCCACGUGUGAAGCGGCGGGGAUGAGGUACCCGUGCUACCACUCAGGUACGGACGGGUGUACCAGCGCCUGGACUCCAGGCUGCAUCACGUUUGACGACGCCGGUUUCAGCUAUCGUACCCACAGCGUCCUCUCGGCAAAGCUGUGUGGGUCAACUGAUGGGUACGGCAGCAGGUGUGAGCCCCUUGAUGACACCUUUGUGUACAUGCCUAUCUAUGUGCCUGCCCUUGACAGCUCCUGGGGAGUGGACUACCAGACUCACACCUACGGCCUGUAUGGAGCAAACUACCACAACAAGUACGCCCUAUGUGCAGGCAAUGCAGGUCUUAUCAAUUUUGACGAGUGCAGCAGCGCCCCCUGUCAGAAUGGCGCAACAUGCCAAGACGGUUUCUACAGCUUCACCUGUCAGUGCGCACCUGGGUUUACUGGAACUUUGUGUGAAACAGAUAUCAACGAGUGCAGCAGCGCCCCCUGUCGUAAUGGAGCUACAUGUCAGGACGGAGCAAACAGCUUCACCUGUCAGUGUGUGCCUGGUUACGUCGGAACUCUCUGUGUGACUGAUAUCGACGAGUGCAGCAGCGCCCCCUGUCAGAAUGGUGCUACAUGCCAAGACGGAGUGAACAGCUUCACCUGUCAGUGCGCACCGGGGUAUACUGGA